GACAUACAAACCACCCAUCUGAGGACCGAGGGGUCUGAAGUGGAUGACAGGAUGGCUUCUUUUCCUCCUGUCACCUCUGCAGCAGGCACGGAGCCUGGGGGUCUCGUGUCGACGGCCGAGCAUACUCAGGCUGCAGCCACCCAGGCCCUGCUCACAGAUUCUGAGGGCAUCCCAAGUGUUGAGCCAGAUGUUGACAGCCUCCCAGGAGCCCUGCACGUGCCUGUGAGUGUCAGCACAGCUGCUCCAGCAGACUCUGUCUCCGACGAUGAGUGGGAUGACACCAAAUCCAGGGGUGCAAGCCAGACAGGGACUCCCGAGGUGGGAGAUGAGACAGAGACACAGGUGAGAGUGGGAGCAUCUCAGACAGUGCAAGUAAGCCCCGGUCCCCUGGAUGGGGGCUACCGUUUCACAGAUGCGACAGAGGAAGCUCAGGGGCUGCCUGGAAAGGAGACACGCGUGGGUUCAGCCCGUGGGGCCGAGAGAUCACCUGCCUUCACUGGUUUGCCUUCUGUUACCCCCACAAGUCUGAUGGAGGAUACAAAAGCGCUUGCUGUGAACCUGUUGCAAAGCGCGGGAGACAUCACAGAGGCCACCCGGGAAAACGAUGUGGUGCUUUCGUCACAGACCACUGCUUCCGUCUCAGAGUACGGGUCCCAGGCCCAUCAGCCAUCGCAAAAUACCUUGACAGACAUCAUCUCCCCGGAGACGACAACAGCUGCUCCAGAAACAGAAGCCACUUUCUCCCUGGUGACACCAGAGCAGGGUCCUGGAGACAGCAAGGAGCCGGAGGAAGGACAGGAGUCCCCAGCACCCGCAUCUGAUGUUGCUGGUGUCCCUGAGCUGUCCCUGACGACCACCGGUCCAACUACAGCCAUGCCUGAGCUGUCCCUGGCGACCACCGGUCCAACUACAGCCAUGCCCGAGCUGUCCCUGGCAACCACCGGUCCAAGUACAGCCAUGCCCGAGCUGCCCUUCGCCACCACCGGUCCAACUACAGCCAUGCCUGAGCUGCCCCUUGCCACCACUGGUCCAACUACAGCCAUGCCCGAGCUGUCCCUGGCCUCCACUGGUCCAACUACAGCCAUGCCCGAGCUGUCCCUGGCCUCCACCGGUCCAACUACAGCCAUGCCUUUGUCUGUGCAUGUGACUCCUGCUGUGGAAGAUCUGACGGACUUCGUCACAAGGCCUAAUGAGGAAUUCACCCCGGUUUUGGACUCUCCGGUGACAACACCAGGGAUGAUGGUGGGCACACCCAGCAUUUUCCCCACUCUGCCUGCUCUGGUGGCAUCCCUGGAGACAAGCACCAUGGCUCCACCCUUUAGCCGUGCUAAUACAGGCGCCUCCUACGGUCUGGACCAACUGGAAUCAGAAGAGAUAGAUGAAGAGGAGGAUGAAGAGGAUGAAGAUGAAGAUGAGGAAGAUGAGGAGGAAGAUGAGGAUGAUAAAGACGCAGACUCCCUGGAUGAGAGCUUGGAUGAUGACGCUGAGCUACCCAUGUUCACUGUCCCUGGUGUCACGUCCCAGGAACCUGGCUUAGAGCAGGACAACAUGGGCCCGAUGGAGGGAGCCACCUACCAAGUGCCAGAUGCCAUCGAGUGGAAACAGCAGAAUCAAGGGCUGGUGAGAAGCUGGAUGGAAAAACUAAAAGACAAGGCUGGCUACAUGUCUGGGAUGCUGGUGCCCGUAGGCGUGGGGAUAGCUGGAGCCUUGUUCAUCUUGGGAGCACUCUACAGCAUUAAGGUUAUGAAUCGCCGAAGGAGAAAUGGCUUCAAAAGGCAUAAAAGAAAGAGAGAGUUCAACAGCAUGCAAGACCGAGUGAUGCUCUUAGCCGACAGCUCUGAAGAUGAAUUUUAACUUAGACUGGGGUUUAAUUGUGAUCUUCAAUGAUGUGAUUAUUUUGUUUGUAUUUUGAGGCAAAAAGGAAAAAGGGAAAAGGGAAAAACACCAUCCUCCCACACCGCAGCUGUCAGGCCGUGAGUCCCGUGUCUGCUGGGUCGUGGAUUUGUCUUUGAUCAGGAACGUCAU